GUACUUUAAAAGCCAGACAGAGUAAGGGGUAGAGAAGGAAAACCACGUUGUGUGGUAUCGGUCGUCAAAAUGCGUAUAGAAAAAUGUUAUUUUUGUUCGUCCAAUAUUUGGCCUGGCCAUGGAAUGGUAUUUGUGCGAAAUGAUUGCAAGAUAUUCAGAUUCUGUCGGUCAAAAUGCAGGAAUGCAUUUAAAAAGAAGAAGAACCCCCGUAAGACCAAAUGGACCAAAGCCUUCCGAAAAUCUUCUGGCAAAGAUCUCGCCAUUGACCCAUCAUUUGAAUUUGAAAAAAGAAGAAAUGUUCCAGUCAAGUAUGAUCGGGACUUGUGGCAGAAAUCUGUGGAAGCCAUGAAGAAGGUGGAAGAAAUCCGUUGCAGACGUCAAGCCCUACACAUCAAUAAUCGUCACAGUAAAUCCAAAGAGGUCCAAAGGAGAAGUGACAAUUAUGAAGUCACCAAGAAUAUGGGUCUGAUUCGAUCACCUGCUGCUGGCUUGAAGCAGUUGGCAGCACAAUUGGAUGGAGACAAAGAAAUGUCAUUGGUAUCAUCAAAACUUAAGCAAAUGGAAUCAAGAGUUGUGGAAGAAGUUUACAAUUCUGAUAAAGAAAUGGACGUGGAGUAGAAAGAAUGCAUUGAAGUGGAUUGACAAAUACAUUUUUCCCGAUUCGACGUCAAUAAA